AGCAUUUAAAUGAAGUCUGCGAAAAUGAUAAGCGAAUAAAUAAAAGAUUCAGAGAUCUGAUCCCGUUCUGCAUUUCAUUUCUUGAUUUUCAAAAUGAAGGACGUUCUUGGUUUGGCGUUCCUGCUGCUGUGUGCGGUACAUAUUCACGGCCUUUCAAUACUCACUGGCAACAGUGGUCCGAAUAUUACUCAGCUAGAUACGAAUGACCUUGACUCCAAAAAUGUUGACGUAUUCAGACAACUUUUGAACCAGGAAACCAUCAUCAGAAUAGGACUAGUGAAAAAUGUACACGCAUUGAUGAAGGAUAUGAUCAUGAUGAAACAAAGCCUAGAGACAUUAGAAUCUGCAAGUCAGAAAACUAACUUAGAAAUGACAGACUUACGACGGGAAGUUGACAAGCUAAAACAUGAAAACCAAAGACUUGAACUUGCAAACAGGGAGUAUGAUGAAAUCUUUAACAAUGUUAGGGGAAAUUUCACACAGAUCAACGAAUAUUUUCAGGAUUUGGAGGAGAAAAGACAAGGUUUUGAGGCAAACAUGAGUACGAUUCUUGGAGAUUUGAAAGUUGAAGUCCGGUAUCUGUCAAUCACUCUUCUUGAUUUAAAUAAACACACACUGGAAAUUGACAAGGACAUACCUAAAGUUAUUGGAGAUAAAUAUGAUCAGUUAUCCACAAGACUGAGCAAUUUCAUGGAGACUGUUAACGGUUCGCAAAAUACAAUUAUAACUUCACUAUUUGAUGAAGUCAAUAAAACCAUUGUGGACCUGAAGGCGGAAGUUAAAGAAUCUCAGUUUGAUCAAAUGAAGCUCUCCUCUACAGUGUCGGCUCUGGAGGUGUUCCGAAUGAAUAUGUCCAUGAACCAAUGUGGUAUAACCAGAAAGGUGGCCUUCACUGUCGGAGUGUCGUCUACUGACAGCUCCUGGAACAGCGGUACGUUAGUGUUUCCACGUGUCGUGUACAAUAUAGGAGGAGGAUACGACCCAAACACCGGAGUCUUCACAGCCCCUGUCGACGGACACUUCGUCUUCUUUGUCAACGUACAAUCUUAUUCGUCCCAACAUAUUUAUACAUAUCUAGUACUUAAUGGAACCCCGAAAGUCACAACUACGGCUUAUUCUCCUUCUUACUCGUCAGGACCAAACAUGGCUGUGUUAAGUCUCCAAAAGGGAGACAGAGUGUGGGUUAAACGUUAUGCCGGUAAAGGUUAUUAUACAGAAAGUGAUGCUCCGAUAACAACUUUCUCAGGGUUCCUCAUAUGAAAUGAUGACAUUUUAGAUCAGAUACUUAACGUCUAUAGCGACUUCUUAACCAACAUAUGCGAAUCUAGAAAUGAAUCAUGACCCCCAGGAAAGUGUGAGAUCAAUCUUGAUCAUGGCAACGGUUAUGAUACAGUAAGUAAUACCCAGUCAUCACGAUCUCCGAAUUUCGCAUAUGAAUAUUUAGGCACACUAUUAAUUCUUUUCAAGUCUACUACAUGAUCCUACUCAUGUAAUAUGUGUUAAUAAAAUAUUGUACUUGCA